UUGAAGUACCUCUCGAAGUUUCCCUCCCUAUUUCCAGACGCCUAUACACCACCUGACGAAGCCAUCUACCGGAGCAAUGCAAAUCUUUCUACAAGUGGUCUCGGCGAUGCUCCCUCAACCAAGCUUUCUCAUCCCCACCCAAGUUUUUUCGACACCUCGGAGCUCCUCGAAACAACUCCUGUCCCCAGACCAGAGACGCCGAUCAGUUGUCAGCACCAUCAUCACCACCCGCCCGCUCCAGUUUCCCCACCAACUCCCUCACCUGUGCCGCUGCAAACGACUGCGACGCCGUCGAUAAUGAUGAUGCCACAGUGUCAUCCGCAACAGUCCAUUAUAUGUAGUGGUAUGGAUAAGAGAAUGCCCCCUGAGGCUAUCCAUGAUUCAAGUAAUCUCGAAUGGAGGAAUGCUGUUCAAAGACAUCCCCAUGUUAACGGUCCUGACAAUGUCAAUAGCUCAGUGUUACCGGACAUGCAGCAGGCUCCAGCACCACCGUCGCUGCAGUCGUUGCCACCCGGACGACCAACAAUGUCCACUCAACAGUCACACAAUAAUCCGGCCUAUCAGCAACAUCAUUCGUCACCGCUUCCAACACCUUUGCAUCACCAUCAACAACAACCUCCACCUCCACCACCCUCAAUCCAAUCAAACCCACCUCCACCAUUGCCACAGCCACCACCUCCACCGCCACCACCACCGCCGCAGCCACUGCAGUCAUCGAAUUCAGCGUCAGUUCCGCCCGAUCUAAAUAUAAACCAGGGAAGUGGAGGUAGUGGAAAUGGAGGAAAUGUUCACGGUCCCCUGGGCACACCACCUCCAUCUAGUGGCAGUAGCGGGCCUUCAGAACCGACUACAGUGGUAACCUUUUUUGUGUGUGAGGUCUGCGCUUCCCGAUAUCGUUCGACUGCGGGCCUGCGGUAUCACUACCAUAGUCAACAUGCGGGGUACACACCGAGGAACCCGAUUUCGGCUUCUGCCUCGAGGAUAAGCAUACCCACUUCAGAAUAUAACAGAUUUGCUCCGAAUACGGGACCGCGAGGGGGUCGCAAUGGGAGGAAUAAGCGUAGUAGAAGCAAUUACCCAAGUUACCGCAGUGGAGGGACGAACAAGGGCCGGGGAAUGUCGGCGGCAAACCAACAGAUUGUGAAUCAAAGGAAUGCGUCUCAGACAUCGGGAGAUGGAAGCGAGUCCGACCCUUACCAUAUGCCCUCCGCCAACACCCCUGAGGAGCCACAUCCGCGCAGUGUCUACUCCAGUAGUAGUGAGCCCCAGCAAACGGAAUCCUCCCUGAGUUCCGUUAAUUCCAGCUCCUAUAUUUCGCCAAUCAAGCUUAAGCCAUCGAAUGAUGUGGAAUACUCUUCCUCGAGCUCACGAGGAAAGCCCUAUUCUGGAUACCCUCCUCCUCCCCCACCGCCUCCUCCGGCUUCUUCCGGCCACCAACCUCCUCCACCACCCUAUGAUCAGCACCCAUACUACGGCGCACCCUCAGCCCUUGCUUCCAUGGACCAUAUGGCCUCGUCGCUUCUUCGCCAACAGCAACACCAGCAGCAUCAACAGCAACCACUCCAUAGCCUCCUCGCUCAGCUACAUCCGACAUCAUACAAGCCUUAUGGUGAUGCUUCCUGCCAUUACUACGCCUCUCAACAGCGACCAUACAAUAGUGGCAAACCGAGUUUUGUCGAGCUGAAAAACAUGCUGAGACACAGGAGGGUCCAAUACUCCGCUGACGCCUUUACUUGCGGCUACUGUCAAACUCAUGUGGAAGGCGGUGGCGGGAGUGGUGGUGGUGGU